AGAACCAUAUGGACGAUCGUCUCCAGCUCCGUUCUCACUUUAUUUGCGUGUAUAUACAGUGCCAUUCACGCCAAUAUUCCGAGUCCCAAGGACAGUCCUCAUGGUAUCAUACGACGGCAACUUGGGGUCAUGAUAAUGGCACUAAUUGCUCCUGAACUGAUCGUCACAUGGGCUAUGCGUCAAUGGCUCAGUGCUCGGCAUGUUACAAGACAUGAAGAUUAUACGUGGACUCAGACGCACAGCUUCUUUGUGCUGAUGGGUGGUUUCAUGCUU